UCUUUCUUGGCUUCAUUCUCCAUAAGCCCUCGCCUCCAUCAUCGCAAGGUUUGAGCUUAGUUGCGAGCUCGAGUCCCACCCACCCCCAAGCCAGAAGGAUAUUGGAGUAGUGCUUAGAGAUUACCGUGGACUGUGUAGAUCAAAGGUGAAGACAUGAAUGCAUUCAAGGCUUACAAAGCCUGUGCCCCAAUCGCAUGGAGCCCUAACCUAUAUAUAACUUUGGUGAGGGGAAUUCCAGGGACAAGGAGACUUCACCGGCGCACUUUAGAGGCAUUGCGUCUGCGCAAGUGCAACCGAACUGUCAUGCGAUGGAAUACUCCUACUGUCAGGGGAAUGCUCCAACAGGUCAAGAGAUUGAUAGUGAUUGAGACGGAAGAGAUGUACAAGGCUCGCAAACAAAAGGAGGCAAACCACCUGGCUUUACGUCCCCCAUUGGUCAUAAAUCACCUACCUGCUUCAGCAAGUGAUUCUUCGUAAGGGUCUAUGCAUUUUUUUCAGUGGUCAGCUCUAAGCUUUUUAUAUGUGGAUUUGUUGUUAAGUAGACAGUUUUUCCAGAAUCGUUGCCAAUUCAGUAAGCUUGAUGCUUUGUCUAGUUUACUAAAGUAUCAAUGGACCCAGUUGUUUAUUAAAUUCUAUAUUUUGUUUGAGUCUU